AUGUCCACCUCCUUCUCCACAGGCAGGUUCUACAAUGAGACCGUGGCAAAGUCCUUCCUGCAGUUUUAUGACCAAACUGCCCAAAUUGUGUGGAGCCAGUUCAUGGAGGCCACCUGGAACUAUGUCACCAACAUCACCAAGAAAAAUCGGGAGGAGAUGCUGCACAAGGACUCAGAGAGAUCCAAGCACAUGCUGUACUUUGGCACUCGGGCCCGCCUGUUUAAGACCUCCAGGUUCCAGGACCCGGAAGUGAAGCGCCUGCUGAGUAAGCUGCUGAACAUAGGCAAGGCGGCCCUGCCCCAGGACGAGCUCCGGGAGUACAAUCAGCUUCUGGCCUACAUGGAGACGACAUACAGCAUGGCCCAGGUGUGCCUGAAUGAGGGACCCUGCAUGCCCCUGGAGCCUGACCUCCAAGAAGUCAUGGCUACCUCCCGUGACCAGAAGGAGUUGCUGUGGGCCUGGCAGGGCUGGCGGGAUGCUGUGGGUCGUCAGCUCCGUAUCACCUUUGAGCGCUAUGUGCAGCUCAGCAACAAGGCUGCUAACCUCAACGGUUACAAAGACAUGGGGGCCUUGUGGCGGUCCAAGUAUGAGUCUGAAACGCUAGAAGACGAUCUGGAGCAGCUUUACCAGGAGCUGCAGCCACUCUACCUGAACCUCCACGCCUACGUGCGCCGGGCCUUACAUCGCCACUACGGGCCCGAGCUCAUCGACCCAAGGGGGCCCAUCCCUGCCCACCUUCUGGGGAACAUGUGGGCUCAGUCCUGGGUCAACAUCUUAGACCUGGUCCUGCCCUUCCCGAAGAAACCCCCUGAGGAUAUCACGAAGAUCAUGAAAAGCCAGCACUGGAAGCCCUCAAAAAUGUUCGAAGAGGCUGAAAAGUUCUUCACCUCCCUGGGGAUGCUUUCCACCCCUCCCAGCUUCUGGAAAAACUCGAUGAUGGAAAGGCCAGCCGACGGGCGGGAGGUGGAAUGCCAUGCCUCUGCCUGGGACUUUUACAACGGCAGGGACUUCAGGAUAAAGAAGUGCACCGAGGUGACCGUAGAAGACCUGCUCUCCAUCUUCCACCAGAUGGGCCAUAUCCAGUACUUCCUGCAGUACAGGAACCUCUCGGUGAUUUUCCGCGCAGGCGCCAACCCAGCCUUUGAAGAGGCUGUGGGGUCAGUGAUCACCCUCUCAGCCUCCUCCCACAAGCACCUGCUCAACAGAGGUCUUCUCAGUCACCAGCACCAAGACUCAGAGGAGGAGGUCAAUUUCCUGAUGAGCGUUGCCCUGGAGAAGAUCCCCUUCAUCCCUUUCUCCUACCUGAUGGACCUGUUCCGCUGGAAGGUCUUUGAUGGCACCAUCCAGAAGGAUGUCUACAACCAGGAGUGGUGGAACCUCAGGUUGAAGUACCAGGGCCUGUGCCCCCCCAUCCCUCGGACAGAGGAGGACUUUGAUCCUGGUGCCAAGUUCCACAUCUCUGCCAGUGUGCCCUACCUACGGUACUUCCUCAGCCUCGUGCUCCAGUUCCAGUUCCACGAGUCUUUGUGCAAGGCCUCAGGCCAUAUAGGGCCACUGCACCGGUGUGACAUCUAUAACUCCAAGAAGGCUGGGAAGCUCCUGGAGGAUGUCCUAAAGCUGGGUUCAAGCAAGCCCUGGCCAGAAGUCCUGCAGAAGAUAACUGGGCAGACCCAAAUGUCUACAAAGGCCCUCAUGACCUACUUCAAGCCCCUGCUGAAUUGGCUGGUCACCGAGAAUGUGCGGCAGGGGGAGAUCUUGGGCUGGCCAGACUUCAGCUGUACCUUUGAAGAAAAAGACACAGAGAAGGUGGCAUUUCUGAAUCUAGAGCUGGACCCUGACCAGGCCAAAUAUGGGCAGUGGGUGCUGCUGGCUCUCAGCUUUAUCAUGUUCCUGGCAGCCCUACUGCUGGCCUACAGGCUAUACUUCCUGGAAAAAAAGUCACUGCCCCAGGGAACCAAUGCUCCGGCCACGGACGCCCAGGCCAGAGGUUCCCGGGAUACCAGCGCACCUGAGACACAGCCCAAGGCCUACUUCCUGGGCAUAGCCAUGGACCCCCGCCUAGUUGCCAAAAGACAGUGGAUCCUGCUAAGCCUCUGCCUCAUCCUGAUGCUGUGCUCAAUCGGCCUGACCAUUCGGGUUUUCAUGCAGCACUACAGGAAGCCUCCGUGGAUGAGAGCUGAAUGGUGGAGCUGGGACUAG